AUGGACGAUUAUGUGGACAUAAGUACUCAAGAAGGAUUCGAAAAUGAUUUAACUUCAGAAGGUUUUACUUUGAAACUCAGAUUUAGUGAAACGUCUUUCGAAAUAACAUUCACCUGUGUGAUUUUUACUAUUGCUUCCUUUGGAUGCAUUGGAAACCUUGUUACAAUAGGAAAAAUCGUGCACGAUCCGAAAUACCAUACACCAACAUUUGCUGCUAUCGGGGUGUUAGCUUUGGCAGAUUUUGUAUCAGUCACAACUUUAACUUUUGACGCUAUGACAAACUUUUGGAAGUUUUUGCCAAGUUUUUCAGUCGUCGGUGAUAUUGUUCAAUUAAGUUCUUACUUUCACUUGUGUUUAUUGUCCGCCGUCAGAUACUUAAUCACAGUGUAUCCCCUACAAAGCAGACAAUAUCUGACUGCAACAGCAGUGUGCUUGUGUUCACUCACAAUAUGGAUAGUAACUGUUGUAGCUAUACUUGGCUUAAGAUACACUUCCAAGACAUUACCUGAGAAAAAUGUGGUGGCGAUUUAUCUCACCGUCAAUGUUUUUAUGUUGUUAAUAGUCUGUUCUAUAAUGGCCCUUUUGCAUGUAAAAAAGAUAAGAACAUUACAGAAUUCUUUAUCGGUAACAGAACAAUCACAAAGAAGAAUGAAUAUUGUUGUCACUGUGAUUAUUAUUAUAUUUGUAUUAUAUCAAUUGUCUAUAAUUGCAAUCAAUAUAACAAUUAUUUUUUUGUAUCAACAGUUUUCAGCUGAGCUAUAUUAUCAUAGGGUUAACAUUGAAUAUUAUUAUGUUUUCACUGGAUGUAUUAACUUUUCUUGUAAUCCUUAUAUAUUAUUUCUUUCACAAUUCUUAUAA